CGACCCGGAUUUUGAACCCCAGAGCCGGCCUCGCUCUUGCACCUGGCCGCUGCCUCACCCCGACUUCCCGGGCGAAGAGGAGGAUGGAGCUGCGGCUGCCGGCGGUGGAGGCGGCGGCGGCGGCUCCUCCAAGCACCCGUUGGCAGGCGGAACAGAAGGCGCCGAGAACGCCGGAGUGGCGGCCGAGCGCGGUAAAGCCGCCCCGGCGCUGCCUUCGCUGGGCGCGGACGUUGGACAGCUCCGCAAGGCGAAGACCUCGCGGCGCAACGCCUGGGGCAACCUGUCUUACGCGGAUCUCAUCACCAAGGCGAUCGAGAGCUCCCCGGAGAAGCGGCUCACCCUCUCCCAGAUAUACGACUGGAUGGUCAGAUACGUCCCCUAUUUUAAGGAUAAAGGAGACAGCAACAGCUCGGCUGGUUGGAAGAACUCAAUCCGGCACAACCUGUCCCUGCACACGCGCUUCAUCCGUGUCCAAAAUGAAGGCACUGGCAAGAGCUCCUGGUGGAUGCUGAACCCCGAGGGUGGCAAAACGGGGAAGACGCCACGCCGGCGGGCUGUCUCCAUGGACAACAACAGCAAGUUCCUGCGGAUCAAAGGCAAAGCCAGCAAGAAGAAGCAGCUGCAAGCUGCCCAGGAGCGUGGGGAGGAGAGCCCGGCCAGCCAGCAGGCCAAGUGGUCAGAGAGCCCGACUUCCCACGCGAGCGAGGAGUACGACGCCUGGGCUGACUUCCGGACACGGGCCAACUCCUCGGCCAGCACCCUGAGCGGGCGUCUCUCGCCCAUCAUGGCCAACCACGAGCCCGACGAGCUGGAGGAGGAGGACGGGACCCCCUCGUCCCCGCUGAUGUACCCCAGCCCGUCCAGCACCAUGUCGCCCUCCCUCGGCGCCCGCUGCUCCGUGGAGAUGCCCCGGCUGACGGACCUCACCGGCACCAUCAACCUGAACGAGGGCCUCGGAGAGAGCCUGCUGGACGACCUGCAGGACAGCUACAGCAUGAGCCCCACCCAGCCCCUGCCCACCGGCGGCCUCCGGCAGAGGAGCUCCGGCUUCAGCUUCAACGCCAAGUGCUCUGCCGUGGGUGCCGGAGGGGGCGGCGGAGGGGGCGGCGGCGGCGGAGGGGGUGGCGGCGGCGGCGGCGGCGGCGGCACGUACUGCGGGACCAUCUACAGCCAGCCGGCCAUGGGCCUCCUGCGCCGCCUGCCCAUGCAGACCAUCCAGGAGAACAAGCAGGCCACCUUCGCGCCCAUGAACGCCUACCGCAACACGUCGCUGCAGGACCUGCUCUCCUCCAUCUCCUACGCGCACAAGGAGGGGGAGCCCCCCAUGCCCCCCGCCGGCAGCCUGGGGCCGCCCCACCGUGGCCACAGGCCGAGCAGCCUGGUGUGCGGGGCGGGGGGCGGGGGGGAGAUCGGGCUGGUGCCCUACCCGCCCCACGCCGCCUCCCUCGUGAAGAGCAACGCGCUGUACCACCCGCCGCCCGCCAGGCACCACCCGCCCCUCCACAACAGUGCCUUACCCGCUCCCAUCAGCCUUAUGAGCCUGCCCAGCGAGGCGUGCAGCAUGGUGGCCAUGCCUCACCACGGGCACCACCUCCACUCCUACGUCAACAACCAAGGGGCGCACAUGAGCUUGCUGGACUCGUUGCAGGGACCCUACCCAGAAGCCAUGCACACCCCCGUCUUGGGCCAGGACAGAUUCCCCGCGGACUUGGACUUGGACAUAUUCAACGGGAGCCUGGAGUGCGACGUGGAGUCCAUCAUUCUCAACGACUUCAUGGACAGCGACGAGAUGGACUUCAACUUUGACUCGGCUCUUCCGCCGCAGAACAGUCUCAACAUGGCCACGUUGCCCAGUGCCCCGCAGCCCGCCAAUCAGAGCUGGGUGCCCGGGUGAGACCCGCUCGGACAACUCUGGCCCACCAGUUGGCAGUGGUGGGGGGGGGGUCAUGCAUUGAAACAAACUCUCUCUCUCUCUCUCUCUCUUUCUUCCUCUUCCCUCCCCAUCCUGUCUUUUCUUUUCUUUUCUUUUUUGCCUUCAUUUGUUCAGCCAGGCUAGAGCCAUCUGUUUAAACCUGACAACACUAAACACACACACACACACACACACACACACACACACACACACACACACGACGUAGGGUGAAAUGUUUUGACAGGUACUGGCAGCUUCCCGCUUGUGCCAGGUGUAUUGUGCAGUAAAGUCGGGUCUGUCUUUGAUGUGUGCAGUAGGCACAAGGAAGCCGUGACACGGCAGAGCUGCUGGCCUCCCCCCUGCCCCCCCCCAACCCACACUAUUGCACAGAAAGAAGGAACAGGUGAUUGGUGGCCCAAAGAACAGACUAGACCCGUCACCAAACCUCCGUGUUGACCCCGAUGGCCUCCGUGAAGUUCUGCCCCCCUCCUGCACCAGUUCUUUUCCCAACUGGUUUUCCUCGCACCUCAGUUCUAAUUUGAAGGUUCCCUCCACCUUUGCUCAUCUGGGGUACCGGGAGCCACAAAUUCCCUUCUUUAUCAGGGUCUCUUGCCCCCUCUACACAGACUGUUAUUAUGAUUAUGAUUUAUUAUUGUUAUUAUUAAUUUAUUUUCUUUCUCUGCUGCCCAGUGGCCGAAAUCACUCGCUGGAGUGAUUCAACAUACAAUAAAAGAGCAUAAAAGGUCAUGACAGAUAUAACCCCCUGCAGAAUUUAAGCUACUUAAAGCAUACUGACAGCACAAUCCUGCACAUGCGCACUCGGAUCACAUGUGUGUCCAGUGGGGUUGCUCCCAGGAAACAGGGUAAAAGAUGGCAGCUGCCGGCUUCCUUUGCCAAGGAGCCUGCCACGCUGAGCAUUCUGGGUGCCGCUAACCUGCUUAGCCCAAGUUAGGUCUGCUACCUCCUAGCCUGGUGGUUCCCACUGAAAUCAGUGUGGGUGUCCUCCAUCAGCCCGGGAGAGACAUUAAUCAGCAUCACUUGUGGCACGGCUGUCGCGGAAGGGAAACCUCUCCAGUGGCCGGAUCCAGGCAGCUGACACUGUGGACCGCGGUGCCCAGGGCACAGCGGUGGAAACAGAAGCCGAGCCAAUCCGGCCCAAGCCAGCUUUGCUGCUGAGGGGACUUCCUGUGCCGCGUGCCUGCAGCACCCCCAUGCAGCGGGUGGGGCGGAAUGCGUGUGUGCGGCGCAGCACGGCGGUGGACCGUGUUCAGGUCCUCGUGGUUUUGCACACACAAACAGCACGUUUGCAGGCACUGCCGUAAGAGUUAGCUGGGAUGGCCCCUGUGGGUGCAGCGGGUUGGCUGGCUGGAGGAAAUGCAAAGGAACAGUGGCGACUAUUUGUUUUGGUCACCUGCACACUCUUGCCAACAAACAUCUUGCAGGGCUAAUGCAACGGCUUAGCAAGGGCUGUACGAAGAUCUGGGCUUAGGGUGAAGGGUAGGAAGGCCUGAGAAGCAAAUUAAUCUAGGAAUGGAAGAGAAGGGAGGCUUGUGAGCUGUUCUGAGAAGAAAGAAUGAAUCUGGAGUUUGAUGGUCCCCACAUGAUCAAGAAAGGGGAGGAGAUGUUCCUUCCCCACCCAAGUAGGUAUAGGGUUCAGGGCCAAGAGGUAGAAAGAAAGAACAUAGCUGAAAACAGAGGGGUGAUCUUUCUCUGGAGUGCCCAGACCAGCGCACGAGAGCCCAGGUCCUACCCUAAGAGGGAGUGGUGGUGGAGAAAUGUCACUCGUGGCUUGGGAGAGAGGGGUGCUAGAAGCUAGAGCUUCCUCACACGGAGGAGCCCUAGACAAGCCAGAGUGGUAGCCAAGCUCUUCAGUCUCCACUUGACCUCUUGGAUGUAUUCUGGACUGCCACCAGAAAGGUUCUGGCUUGGGGCAAAAGACCCCCUCCCAUUCCAUGCACACAAACUUACGGGACUGGCCAUCAGAUCUUUCUUCAGCACUGACCAUGGGGCAGCAUUUCGGCCUCCUGGAAUGCUCACUUUGCAACCAUAAGGAAGGAAGUGUGUUUGGAGCACAGAGGGACAACAUGCAAGCCAGCUUGGAUGAAUGCGCCGGUGCGCCUCAGCAAGGCUUUUCCUCAGCAGGGCUUUUCCUCUUCCAGCCACUGCUGGGCUCUAGUCGUGAUGUGAUGCAGUUUGGCAGGGACAUCAGGCUGGUUCAUACUGUCUUUGUGGCAGAGGCUCUGCUGGGCUUUCAGGGAGGGGUUCUCCCCUGCCCUGGGCUGGAAGCAUGGCCAGGAUGCCAUCUGCAACGCCAUCUUCACAAGGUCCUGCAUUGCAAUGUCAUCUCAGUGUCCUCAUUGACACAAGGCUUAUGAGAAUGGAGCCAGGCUUACUCAGGAGAGGACAAACCUCCAUAGAAUGGAGAUGCAAAGACACAGGGUCAAGUGACGCAGGCUGGAAAUUGUGCCCAGGCGUUGGCGUAUUUGGGACAGGCAGUCCCUGAGUUAUGAAUGGCUGAGUUGCAAACAGCCAGUACUUACAAACUAACUUCCAUGAAGCCUAUUAAUUAAAAAAAUACUACUGAGGAAAAUUGUCAUUACCAUAGAGAGAUAGAAAGUAGAAGGGGAGAGAAGGAGGCCACAAAGCAUGCCUUCCUGCCCCCCCACCCUCAAAUCUGGAAAGGGAAAUCUCUCUGCAUUUCCUUGCUACAAAGAGUAGGCACUGGUGCCUUUGGCUGGGUGGGGACGUGUGCCCUAGAGAUAUUUGCAGUUUUUCCACUUUCAUGGGGGUCCUGCACCCCUAAACUCUGCAAAUGAUCUGACUUACCUACCAAUUCAACUUAAAGACGAAUUUCCAUUUUCUCUGGAACAGAACUCAUUCGUAACCCAGGAGCUGCCUGUAUUCGUAUUAGAGAGUCAGAAUUCUUCCCUCUCCACCUUAAGUUGAAUCUUCUACCCUGCACAGAUGUUGCAAAGGAAAAAGACAGGCACAGUUGUGCUUGCUGUGAAGCAUUGAGACCUGUUUCUUCCAGUGAUGGGGAAGGGGCCAAAAAGCAUAUACAGGACACCCUAGAAGUUGUUAGUUAGUAUCGCCCUCUCGGUUGCCCAAGACUCGGCUGGACAUUCUUACCCACUUUGGAACAGGCUUCCUGGGAUCAUAGAACAGCAGAGUUGGAAGGGACCAGUUGGGCCAUGGAGGCCAACUCCCUGUUCAGGGCAGGGUUCCAAGUUAAAGCACCAUUUAACAGUACUUCAGGCUGGGAACAUGGCUGUCUAAACCAGCAUGGAGGUUCUCUGGAGUGAGAACUACAUUCGGCCGGGCCAUGU